GAGAGCGCGGCGCGAGCGUCACGCGCGAGAGCGUCCCGCGCGCCUUCUGUUCUGCGUCCACCGUCGCCACCGCUUCCCGGAGCCUCCUCGUGGCUUCGCGCGCCAGGCCUGCGGCGUCCGGGCUCUGCGGUCAACAACAGCAUGUCCUCCUCGGCCCCCGCUGCAGAGGGAGAAGGAACCCCCGCCCAGCCCGCGUCCGAGAAGGACCCCGAGAUGCCCGGCACGAGAGAGGAAAGUGAAGAGGAGGAUGAGGACGAGGAGGAAGAGGAAGAAGAAGAGGAAGAAAAAGAAAAAAGUCUCAUCGUGGAAGGCAAGAGAGAGAAGAAAAAAGUGGAGAGGUUGACAAUGCAAGUCUCUUCCUUACAGAGAGAGCCAUUUACAAUUGCACAAGGAAAGGGACAGAAACUUUGUGAAAUUGAAAGGAUACAUUUCUUUCUGAGUAAGAAGAAAACAGAUGAACUUAGAAAUCUACACAAACUGCUUUACAACAGACCAGGCACAGUGUCCUCUUUAAAGAAGAAUGUGGGUCAGUUCAGUGGCUUUCCAUUUGAAAAAGGAAGUGUUCAAUAUAAAAAGAAGGAAGAAAUGUUGAAAAAAUUCAGAAAUGCCAUGUUAAAGAGCAUCUGUGAGGUUCUUGAUUUGGAGAGAUCAGGUGUAAAUAGCGAACUGGUGAAGCGGAUCUUGAAUUUCUUAAUGCAUCCAAAGCCUUCUGGCAAACCACUGCCAAAAUCCAAAAAAACUUCUAGUAAAGGCAGCAAAAAGGAACGGAACAGUUCUGGAAUGGCGAGGAAGGCUAAGCAAACCAAAUGUCCUGAAAUUCUCUCAGAUGAAUCUAGUAGUGAUGAAGAUGAAAAGAAAAACCAGGAAGAAUCUUCAGAUGAUGAAGAUAAAGAAAGUGAAGAGGAGCAGCCACCAAAAAAGACAUCUAAAAGAGAAAAACCUAAACCAAAAGCCACUUCUAAAAGUAAAAAAUCUGUAAAAAGUGCUAAUGUUAAGAAGGCAGACAGCAGCACCACCAAGAAGAAUCAAAACAGUUCCAAAAAAGAAAGUGAAUCUGAGGAUAGUUCAGAUGAUGAACCUUUAAUUAAAAAAUUGAAGAAACCUCCCACAGAUGAAGAGUUAAAGGAAACAGUAAAGAAAUUAUUGGCAAAUGCUAACUUGGAGGAAGUCACAAUGAAGCAGAUUUGCAAAGAGGUGUAUGAAAAUUAUCCUGCUUAUGAUUUAACUGAAAGAAAGGAGUUCAUAAAGACAACUGUUAAAGAGCUGAUUUCUUGAGAUAGAAGUUAGAGACAGAUGACUUGGCCCCAUGGAUUUGAAGAUCUGAUUUAUACCAGCAAAGAGAAUGUAUUUCCUUUUCUAAAUCUUUGUUAACCAUUGCGUUGGUAGACCUUAUCACUGACCUUUUGAUCUUGAGUGUUACGUAAAUUUGACAUUGCCGUUUUAAAUUGCAUUUCUAUGCAGUGUUUAGUUUAAAAUCUUGCAUGGCAGCAGUUGUUCCCUUGCUUUUAUAGUUGUAUUUUGUACAUUUGGGUUUCUUUAUAUAAGGUCAUAGGUUCUUGAACUGUUGUGGUUUUUAGUGUGCUUAAUAUUAGCUUGCUGAAGACAUAAUACUUUUAAUCAAGUAGAACAAAAGCUGUUAUUACUACCGGCAUCUAUACAUGCAGCGAGUGUUACAGUAUUUAGUGGAUGAAAUAUUUUGAAUAUACAUCUCUUGUCAGUCUAAAGUGUGUUCUCAUUGUAUUAAAAACAUAAAAGCUACACAGCUUUUCUCCUGCAUGUGUACAUAUAUGUCCAAUUGUCAGCAUGACAAGUGACAGAUAUUAUUUUUGUAUUUUUAAAAACAUGUAUAUAAAGUUUUUUUAUUUCUUUUGUGCAGAUCAAUUUUUAAACUCACAUAGGUAGGGAUCUUUAUUAACUAUGAAAUGUCAGUGUUCAGCCAGAUGGGUAUGACAGCAGUGAAAGUCGAAAUUCAGUGAAGGCAACGCAGGAGGAACAGAUUGUUCUCCUGCUUUGCCUUCAAAGUGUCAUCAAUUGGUAGUUUUAGUGCUAUCUCUGCAAAGACGUCUAUAGAAACAUUUUAUAUUAAGGACAGACCAAUAUCAACACAGAAUAACUUCAAAAACUUCGGGAGAGUGCGGGAUUAAGUACAAGCACACUUGGCUUGUAGUAAAUGAACUGAUUUUUAUUAACUGCUUUGCCUGUAUAAAAUGCUGGUAUUUACAGGAACCCUGGCCACCUUCAUAAUUAUGAUAAAAGUACCAGGUAUAUUGCCAAAAGAAAAUAAUGUGUAGGCUUCAGUGGAUAUCUCUGACAAAAUGUUUCUCAAAAGUGAUAAUAAACUUAUUUUCACAUUAAAAAAUUUUGCUGUAUUUGUGGAAUCAGGACUGUUGGGUUUUAAAUUUUGGCCGAUCAGGAUUCUAGGUGAUCAACAUAUGGACCACUCCUAAAUUAGACUAAUAUUAUUUUUUAUAUUGAAACUGUCUUCGUUUGUUAAUCUGUCUCUGAAUUUUAAAAUAAAACAUCCUUAUGAUAAAUUAGCCCUUUGAUAUACCAGUGGAGUGUUUAAGAUAAAAAUAGCUUUGGAUCAUAGAACAGAAAUAUGUAAAAAUGUUAUAUAUUGAAUGUUAACAGGUACUUUUCACAGGUUUUUGUUUCUUAAUAAAGACAUUAAGGAAAGGCAUAAAAAAAAUAGUUAAUACAAAUGAAUGGAAUAAGCAAGUAAAUGAGACCUAAGAAUUGGCCUUUGAUUUUAAAUAUUUAAUUUGUUCCUAUAAACCUUGUCAAUAAAAAUAAUAAAUCAA